ACAAAGUUAAGGUAUGAAUACGUGUUUGAAUCACCAACGUCAUAUAAUUUACCUAAACUUUGCAUAUUAUGCAAAAAAUUAAAUAAUUUUUUAACCAUUAAAUAUUUUUUAUAUAAAAAUUUAUUGAACAAAAAUAUUAUACAUAUUUUUUUAAUGGAUCGAUGGAAUGGAAAAAUUGCCGUUGUAACUGGAGCUGGUUCAGGUAAUGGAGCAGCUAUAACAAAAGAUUUGUUAAGAAAUUAUAUUAAAGUAAUUGGACUUGAUAUAAAUCUUGAAGCACUAGAAAAUUUAAAAAGAACCAUUUCAAAUAAUUUUAAAGAAAAUUUUUUUGCUAAAAAAUGUAAUGUUACCGAUUUUGCCGAAGUUGAUGCAGUUUUUGAAUGGAUUUUUUCUAAUUUUGAUGGAAUUGAUAUUUUGGUAAAUAACGCUGGUGUUGCACGUGAUGGUAAUUUAUGUACAAUGGACCCAAAGGAUGUCCAAUUUAUUUUGAACACUAAUGUAAUGGGCUAUGUUCAUUGUACACGCAAAGCUUUUAUAAAUAUGAAAACUAGAAAAUUUGACGGUCAUAUUAUUUUAAUAAACAGUGCAUUGGGCCAUCGAGUUGUACCACUGGGUAAUUCAAUGUCGGUGAAUAUAUAUGCUCCCUCAAAAUUUGCUAUUACGGCUAUGACUGAGAUUUAUAGAGAGGAAUUUUUCAGCGAAGGAACAAAAAUAAAAAUUACAAGUAUUUCCCCAGGAAUGGUCCAUACACCAAUGAUUGGAGAAGAAGUAAAGGAAAAGGUAAAAAACAUUCUUUAUCCAGAAGAUAUUGCACAGGCUGUGAUUUAUGCGAUCAGUACCCCGCCUCAUGUUCAAAUUCAUGAAAUAUCCUUGAAACCAUUUGGAGAACCGGUUUGAACAUUCAUGAAUGUUUUUUCAAAGCCCUUUUGCAUAUAUAAGUCUCAUUUUACUUUUCUAUUAAAGCAAGCUAUGUACGUACAUAGAUACAAAUACAACAUAUUAAACCUAGAAGUGAACAAAAUAAUUAUUUGCCUUCUUACGUUGAGAAAAUGAUAAUAAAUUAAUUUGUUUAUCUUUAAAAAUUUUA